GUUGGAACCCACAACUCGACUCGCCUCGCCUCUCAAUCCCAUCGUCGUCAUGUGCGGCAUCAUUGCGGUCCUCCUCGCCAACAAGCAUGAACAUUGCAACCAAAUGCUGUACGACGGCUUGACCGUGCUCCAACAUCGUGGCCAAGAUGCUGCGGGGAUCAUGACCGCGCACAAAGGCCGACUGCAUCUGCGCAAGGACAACGGCCUCGUCCGCGACGUGUUCAAGCAAAACCACAUGCUCAGCCUCUUGGGCCACAUGGGGAUUGGCCAUUGCCGCUACCCCACGGCCGGCUCGUCUUCCAGCUGCGAAUCCCAGCCGUUCUACACGAACUCGCCCUAUGGACUCGCGUUGGCGCACAACGGAAACCUCACCAACUCGCACGAGUUGGCAUCCGACUUGAAGAACUCCAACUUUCGCCACGUCAACACCGAUUCGGACUCUGAAAUGCUUCUCAACAUUCUCGCCGACGAACUGCUCAAACAAAACUCGCACCCGUUGAACGUCGACCAGAUCUUUGACGCGGUCGCGCAGCUGUACAAGCGGUGCCGCGGCGGGUACUCUGUCGUGUGCUUAAUCAACGGCCACGGCAUUUUGGCAUUCCGCGAUCCCUUUGGCAUCCGCCCAUUGGUGUUUGGCAGCCGCAAGAGCGUUUACGGUACCGACUACUCGAUUGCGUCGGAAAGUGUUGCAAUCGACGCGCUAUCGUUCUCGUUGGUCCGUGACGUGGCGCCCGGAGAGGCCAUCUUUGUGCGCCCCGACGGGGAGCUCUUCACCCGGCAGUGCGCCCCGUCCGCCCGCCUCAGCCCAUGUAUCUUUGAACACGUGUACUUUGCGCGCCCCGACUCGGUCAUGGACGGCAUCUCUGUGUACCAAGCGCGCCGCAACAUGGGCACUAAACUGGCUGAAAAAAUCCUCCGACUCAAGCCGGACCACGCGAUUGACGUGAUCAUUCCGAUCCCGGACACGUCCCGCACGAGCGCUUUGGAAAUGUCGCAUCGCAUGAACAUUCCAUACCGUGAAGGGUUUGUCAAGAACCGAUACAUUGCGCGUACGUUUAUCAUGCCUGGCCAAGUCGCUCGCAAGAAGACGGUGCGCAUGAAGUUGAACGCGAUCAAGAGUGAAUUCGAAGGCAAGGUGGUGCUGUUGGUGGAUGACUCGAUCGUGCGCGGCACCACGGGGCGCCAGAUUGUCCAGAUCGCGCGGGAAAGCGGUGCCAAGGCCGUGUACUUUGCCUCCGCUGCGCCGUGCAUCCGCCACCCGAACGUGUACGGCAUCGACAUGCCGACGCGCGAGGAGCUGAUUGCGCACAACCGGACCGAAGUGCAAAUUGCCGAAGAGCUGACUGCGGACUGGGUGAUCUUCCAGGAUUUGAACGAUUUGAAGGCCAGCUGUAACCAGGAGAACCCGACGAUCGCCGAGUGGGACGCAUCCUGCUUUGACGGGCACUACGUCACAGGAGACAUCAACGAAGCGUACUUCAAACGGCUCCACGACGAAAGAAAUGACGCGCGCAUGGAGCUCAAGAACGUCGGCGGCACGGUGCCGCUGUACCGGACGUUUUCAGACCCGGCCUCGGACGAUGUGAUUGACAUCCACAACAACAGCCAGUAAAGAACAAGGAAACGUAUGGGAAGACAAGUUACAAGGCAGCAGGAGGAAGGGUUGUGGGAGUAAACUGAAACGUUAGCGUGUGUGUCAACAUAACAUUUGAAAUACAAGUAGCAGCA